AUGGCACCUCCUACCAAGAAUACAAACAUCGGGCCGUCACCGACUGCUUCCAACGCAAGUUCCGCCAAUGACCCAAAUGCGUCAGACGCCGCACCAAAACCCAAACAAAGAAAGUUGAAUCGUACUUUACCCCAACUGAAGCGGAACGCAGCUUGUAUCCCAUGUCGAAGGAGGAGGAUCAAGUGUGAUGCUGGGAAACCGCACUGUUCCUCAUGUGUAAGGAGUUUUCACUUUCUGGCAAGAACACAACCAGACGAAGAGAGAGAUGCUAGAGGUAUUCAAUGUUUUUAUGAUGAAGAUGCAGAAGAUGUUGAUGAAGAUCAUCAUCAUGCAGUGCAUAUGCAUAGUAAAGGUAACAACCCGAGAGGUGCAAGUGGAUCUAGUCCCAUGGAAAUACCUAGGGGAACAAAGCGGAAAGAUAGUUCUGUCGAUGAAGAUCCAAGAGACGUCAUAAAGAAAUUGGAAGAGAAAGUUGCCGAAUUACAACAAGCAUUGGCAGCCACGAGUAUGUCCAGCAACCCACCUGGUUCAUCGACAACUAUAACCCCCAACGCCGGACUAGGCCAGACAUAUGUCCCACCACAGCAGAGAUCUCAGCCUAUCAUCGAGACCAGCUCAUGGGCAGGUCCGACUCCCAAUCAAUUCCCUGCGGACUUCCUGAGCGCCCCGUAUAAUCCUCCUGGUGUAGCUCCAACAGCUCCGGACACAGCUGCGGUACCUUCUUUCAACGCUCCGUUCGCCACGCCUCUCGGUCUGCCUCAAGAUGGUUCGGCUCCUCAACCCACAGGACCGCCCAGACGAUCAACCUUACCUACUAGCUCGGAUGAUAUUGAUGCCGAAGCAGGAAGGUUCAGCGGACCAUUCUUGGAUAUUCUCUUCCCCGGAUGGCCUCCUAAAUUGCCUACUCCUUCUAUGCUUGACCAUCUCGUCGAAACCUUCUUCAACAUGGUCCCAUCGGUACCGCGAGUACUUCAUCGUCAGACUUUUCUCACCAGACUAGCUCUACCUCCGACCCACGCCGACUUCCCUCAUGUCGCUCUUUUACAUGCCAUCUGCGCUACAGCAGCCCGAUACACCGCCGCUGUCAAGUGCAGACCAGUUGCAGAGGCUAUCGAGAAGACCGACCAAGAUGCCAAACGUGCUAAUGGGAAAGGUCUGCCUUACGAUGAUCCUGCAGACGAAACUUGUUUUUCAGAGAGGAAUGCGAGAUAUGCUAUGAACGCUAUGAAAUUCGAACAUGUCAGUGGAAGGGGUCUACUCGAUAUGCUACAAGCCAUGAUCGUCAUGGGACACUGGGGUCAAUCAAGUGCCAAAUGGAUUGAAGGAUGGAUCAUAAUUGGUAGUGGAGGUAGACUUGCCAUUUGCUUGGGUUUGCUUGAUUAUCAACCAGACAAUUUUGGUAUGCCGGCUUUACGACAAUCGAUCCUUGGACCACCGAAAACAGAUGCAGAAAGAGAGGAACGACGAGCUGUCAUGUAUUAUAUCAUGACUUAUGAUUGUAUAUCUGCCGCUUCGUCAGGCUGGCCAAAUUCAUUACCAAUUGAAGAAUUGACUGCUAGAAUGCCUUGUCAUAGGAAUGACUUUGCAAAAUUGGAUGAUAUCCCCGAGAACCCACAGAGCUAUCAUUCUCCUGACCUAUGGACCUAUCAUCCUGUCGCAGACGGGUUCAACAUGAUGUUAAAGGGUAUGAUCCUUCUCUCUCGCGCAUGUCGUUUCAUACGAAAAUGCCGGAAUAUGGAGCCCGCGGAUCGCCUGAUCGCGAGGCAGAUGCCAGAGUUCAAGCAGAUAGAUUCGGACAUAGCUGCAUUCAAUUUGCAUUUCCCUCCGGCUCUGAGGGAUCCUGUGCAAUACCUGCAAGGACAUGCUAAAGGAGUUGAUGCCGACCUCAUUGCUGCCCACCUCAUACCUCGAAUAGCCAGUAUCUUCCUCCAUGAACCAUUCGCCGACGUCAGUGAUCCUUCUUGCGUCUCCGCGACGAGGAUCCUGAUGGAAGCGAGGGCUGUGCUCAAUAUCGUCUACUUGGUCGUGAGCAGUAACGCAGAUAUAUCAUACAUGGUGGUGCCGAUAUGUUCAUGUAACUACUUCUUCACCGCUGCUCGCACUCUGCUCCUGUUCUAUCAACGAGCGCUGGAGACCGGGGACCGUUCUGCUGCUCAUUCGUUCCGUAAUGAGAUAGCGGUCUUCAAAAUUGCUUUCCAAGCCCUGUCCAGCCGAUUUGCGAUGGGUGCAAGACAUCUGAUAAUGAUAGAAAUGGUAUCCACGCAUAUAGAAGAGGAAACUUUGGGCCAUCCACUACCUGAAUCAGAGGUGGUACCUAGACUACCUGCUCAACCGCCCGCUUGGCACGUGGCUUAUCCAGAUAUGCGACGAGGAUACGAUCCGUCAGGUUUUCCAGCCGAAGAGGUGCCUAGCGAACCUACCACGAGUCGACCGAUCUUGCGGGCUGGUCAUCCAGAUGCGAUUGCAGGGAUUAAAUUGGAUCAGAUGAGGUCACAGCAAGGGCAAGGGCCAGCUAUGGGUCACAACCAUAAUAUGUCGAACAACGAAGGUAUAGAGCAUCGAAGGGAUUAUGUUAGUUCUCCCCGAGGGAAUUUCUCGGCCAGCGCAAGUGCAAGUGCAGGAUCGACCAGUCAAAGUCCCAAAGGUCCGAUAGUCUAUGUAAAUUGGCAGAGCGUUGCUAGUCAUACAACCGAAGGUCAUUUGCCCCCUGCAUUACAGGAUCCGAAUAUGAGGACUCAGGCACAGAUCCACGAUCCGAAGUUCUCAUUGCUCUAG